UCAUUCAUACCGCAGCUGCCUCUGCCCGCAGUAAAACUAAAACCCCAAACAUUUAAUAAUCACUCACCCAACCCCACCUUUAAUUCUGGUAGUUUUCCGCUCAUCUAACUCUACCCGUAUACACAUGCAUACUCUUCUUUCUCUCUCUCCAUAAAAUCCAACUCAACUCAACAAAACAUAACACAACCGCCUUAAAACCCAACCGCUCUGGUUCGCACUCCUUUUCGGCCUAGGCGCCCUCACCCUCCUCCGAUUCCUCUUCCUCUUCCUCAGAUGGGCCUACGUCAACUUCCUCAGGCCCGCUAAGAAUCUCAAGAAAUACGGAUCCUGGGCCCUAGUAACCGGCCCAACCGACGGAAUCGGAAAAGCCUUCGCCUUCCAGCUGGCACGUAACGGCCUCAACCUCGUCCUUGUCGGCCGAAGCCCUGACAAGCUCGCUGAUGUCUCCGCCGCUCUCACCGCCAAGUUCCCCAAAAUCGAUGUCAGAACCGUCGUCGUCGACUUCGCCGGCGAUCUCGACGACGGCAUGAGGAGGAUCCAAGAUGCAAUUGAAGGAUUGGACGUUGGUGUUCUUAUCAACAACGUUGGGGUUUCUUACCCUUACGCUAGAUUCUUCCACGAAGUGGAUGAGGGGCUUUUGAGGAAUUUGAUUAGGGUUAACAUUGAAGGAACCACUAAGGUCACGCAGACGGUUAUUCCUGGCAUGCUGAAGAGGAAGAAGGGCGCCAUUGUUAACAUUGGUUCUGGUGCCGCCAUUGUUAUACCUUCGGAUCCACUUUACGCUGUUUACGCUGCUUCCAAAGCGUACGUUGAUCAAUUUUCCAGAUCUUUGUAUGUGGAGUACAAGAAGAGUGGCAUUGAUGUUCAGUGUCAGGUUCCAUUAUAUGUGGCAACAAAGAUGGCAUCAAUUAGAAGAUCUUCAUUCUUCGUCCCAUCAACUGAUGGAUAUGCCAAAGCUGGUGUGAGAUGGAUAGGCUAUGAACCUCGCUGCACACCAUACUGGCCUCACACCAUUCUCUGGGCCUUAGCAUACUCAUUGCCUGAGUCCAUUGUUGAUGCUUGGCGCCUGCGGUUUUGCCUCGGAAUCCGAAAGAGGGGACAACAGAAAGAUUCACAAAAGAAGGAAUAGAAAGAAGGGUAUUGCUUCUUUUGUGGUGUGUAGCCAUAAUAGAUGCAACCCCAUAUAAGUUCUAGUAUCUUUAGAUUCCAAGUGUCUUUUUUCAUUUUCAUCAUGAUGCUGCUACUAGUCCUUAUGAGUUUCAAAUGGCAUGGUCUAUUUUUUUUUUCCUUCCCCCAUCUUUUGGUUGUGAUGUUGAACUGAUAUAUUGGUGGAUGGCUAGACUCUUCUGUUGCGCUUUGUAAGAAGAAGUCUUUUUAUUAGUUGAAGGCGAAUUGGAAAAUUUUGAAAUUAACUAUACAAA